CGCUCUGCGGGGAGGGAGCUCGUACUGGUUUUUAAUCGCUUACAUCGAGCCUUUUAAAAUUGAGCAAUUCAAUUCAUAUUACAGCGAUGCAUUCUUCAAACUGUGCUUUUUAAAAAUCCGUGAUUAUUUUAAGUCUACCCGGACGGAUAUCAUAGAAAUUGAGCGUUAAACCACAAGUGGGACAAAGGGAACCUGCGCCUCUAUAAAUCAUGAGAAAGGGGUCUUCCUCGGUCCCAGGACAAGUAAUGUUAGGGAUGAGGAGUUCUCCCCGUGAACAAAACACUGUUUUUGCUGUUGUUUCCGAUCGGCGAUCUACAGCUUACAAUGCAACGCGUCUACAAAUAAACACUCCACCGUCCACAAAUAAUGUAUGUUUGCCUGAGGUUUCUGUUGGCAGUCUGUACACAACUCCUCUACAAACAGCGACCCAUGGGACAGGACUGCGACCCGGACGACCACCGGCCAAAAGGAGACUGGAGCUCGACAUUACUGACCAUCAAUACAGUGAGCCGGCUAAAACACUUCGAAGUCGCAAAGGAGCUCUUAAACUAAAGGUUCCCAAAGCUCCUAAAACUCCGCCGGAGAAGACGCGUUAUGACACAUCAUUGGGCUUCUUGACCAAGAAGUUCUGUCAGCUGCUGGCCGAGUCCUCGGACGGCGUAUUGGAUCUGAAUAAGGCCGCCAUUGUGCUCAAUGUUCAAAAGAGACGUCUCUAUGACAUCACUAAUGUGUUGGAGGGCGUGCGCCUCAUCAAAAAGAAGUCAAAGAACAACAUCCAAUGGCUGGGCUCCAGUCUGCCAGCAGAGGAAGGACUGCUGUCUCCACCCAUGUCCAGUCACAGCCUUGCCCGAGAGAUGCUGGAGCUCACUCAGGAGGAGAGACGGCUGGAUGAGCUCAUUCAGACCUGCACGCACAAUGUCCAGCAGAUGACAGAGGAGAUCCACAGCAAAAAAUAUGCCUAUGUAACAUACCAGGACAUCCGAAGAAUAAAAAGCCUAAAGGAUCAAACAGUCAUAGCUGUCAAAGCACCUUCUGAGACGAAGUUGGAAGUGCCCGACCCAAAGGAGAGUUUACAGGUCCACCUGAGUAGCUCCAAGGGUCCCAUUGAUGUCUUCCUCUGCACGGAUGGUGGUGACUCCGGUAGUCUGAUCCAUAACAGCCUUGACGUGAAUGGAAAUCACACUUCCUUUUUGAAAGUCUCCCAAGAAUGUGCUUCGGGUGAAACGACUGAUGGCGUGAAGAUGAAUGGCAGCUCCAACGCUUAUGGUUAUGGUUCCUCGGAUGGAAACGCACCCAUGUCGCCCCUCAGUUCCUCCUUGUCCUCCAUCCUCCAGCAGCCAGAUGAGUCUGUUCCCUUCGUGCCUCUGUCUCCUGCUUUGCUCUGUGAUGAAUACAUGAUGAGCUUGGGUGAUGAGCAGGGUAUAAGUGAUCUUUUCGACUCCUGUGACUUGGACACGCUGGCAUUAGAUGACCUCCUUAGGAUAUGAACUUGAUCUGUCUUGUUGUGAUAAGUCAUACUGGUGUUAGACCUUUUUUCCCAAAGUGACGUUCACUGUUUACACUUGGAUUUUGGAUGAAACCGUUUGGACUAUUUUAGGAUGGGUAGAUAUACCCACAAUGUAAUUUUAAGGUGUUUGUAGCGUGGACAGUUGCAUGAUUUCUGUCGUGUUGGUGCUUGUGAUGGGCAGCCAUUUUUUAACCUCUGUGUUACUCUGCGUUGAGCAGAUGUUGUAUAAAUGUUCAAUUUUUUGCUUCCAUGGCAUCUAAUUUAGUUUCUUCGUACAUCAUAGGAUUGGUUUAUGACCAAGAUCAAAUGUUUUUGUUUUGAAUAAUCCAGAGUGGUGGCUUCUGUGAAUUAGUUUAAUUUAGUUUUUGCUUUUAGCCACUAUGGUCAAUCUCAGGGCACAGAUAAGGGAGUGAGAGCUUUAUGUAGUCAUUUUGAUGAAAAGAAGAAUCUAGAAUGAAGUUCCUAAGCUAUACUCCCAUCCCUUUUGUUACCAAAUAAUUUCUGCAUGCCAAGAAAUUAAUUUUAUAUUGCUCCAUUCAUUCAGCAUGGUACAUAUGUUCUGUAUGUAAUGAUUCUGUAGGUUCUUCUGUACUUAUAUUGAAAGCAAAAUAUUGGAAAGACCCUAAUCUGUACCCCCCCCCCCCCCCCCCUUAAAGAUGAUUGUAUUUCAGUAUCUGAAUUGCACUGAAGACUGGAAUCUUAUCGAGCUAUCAUGCACAUGUGAAUAAAUUGCUACUUGAUUAUGCAACAUUAGAAAUUUAAAGAUGUGAAGCUGUUUCCCCCACUAGCAGCCAGAUGUAAUUGAUAUUUUAAAGUGUGGUUUUCCGGAUAUGUAACCCCUGGCCCAAAGAGUUUCCCUUCUCCAGUCCUGAGAAAUGUUUGGAAAUGAGUGUAUCGUCACUUUAUGAUUGCAAAUUGGAUGAGGUGGAUAUACUGCUUGUGUAGUUUUGUACCUUGUGUAACUUUUUAGGAAGUUCACCUUUAAUACUUCAAUAUGUGAAGUAACUUGUUAAUGCAGUUUUGCUGUUGUGAAACUAAAUUGUGAAUAAUGAUUUUGUGCUAGAUCUUCAGUUCUGUCUUUGGAAUAAGGACAAUAUUGAUGUCAACUGUGGAAGGUAUAUUCUGACCAUUUUAAAUUAAAUGAAAACACGCUUGGCCUUUUCAUUAUGGAAAACUGUAUUCAAAAUAUGUGCUAAAAUAAACAUGAAAAUAAAAUUAUUUUAUGGUGACAAUCCUUUCUCCCUGGCAGAUUUAUAUAUAUAUAUAUUUUAAAUUUUCACUACAAAACUGCCAAUAUAUUAUAUUAAAAUGCAAACGUGAAAAGAGACUGCAAAUAAAUAAAAGGCUUUUUAUUAAUUUUUACAUUUUAACUUUAUUUUUGUCAUCAUUAUUGUGCAAAGUUGUUUUUAAUAGUUUUUGUUUUCAAAGUUAACUUGUAUGCAAAUUCUAUGUUAAUCAUUGGGUGUGGUUUACUUGCUAGCCUAGCAGAGUGUAUGAAGUCGUGUUGACAAAUAAGUAACAUUUCUUGCUAGAUUUAGCAGCUUUUGGGAACCCAUUAGCAACUUUUAUUUCACAAAAAUGUGCCUAGCGACUGUUUGAAUGAACCUUAGUUUUACUUCUGUACACAUUCGGUGCCUGUACUGCCCCACUUGUGCACGGUUUGUUAAAGAAGUCGAACCAAUAUCCAAUCAGAAUUGUUUUGCUUUAUGAAAGACAUAAAGCAAAACAACCAGUCACAACAUUGCAGGCACAGUCUGUAUGAGACAGACAUCAAAGAUGUAAAAAGCAGUCUAGAUAGUAUUUCUGCAAUUUAUUUAUCCGUGUUGUCCGCCAUGUUAAUUUACUGUGAAGUCACGUUUGAUUUCCGCGAGAUUUCUUGUGCUCCCAUUCAAGACUUGCGUUCUUUAAAGGGACAUUAAGUAGGAUUUACCCCAUCUAGUGGUGAAAUUGUAUUUUGCAUUCAAACGAACAGUGCUCUCUAGCGCCUCGCCUUUCCAAAUGCGUGUUGCAACUACGGUAGCCGUUAUGUAAUCGCUGAUCUCCUUGUCCGUUGCAGCUGGUUCACGUGUUCUGAAUGAAAACGCGUUGUGGAAACGCGUUGGUAGGCAAGUGCUUUUUGUCCCUCUCUGCUAUUAUAGUUUAUCAAUACGGCGGAAAGACAUG